GCCGGACAGACUGGCACUAGCGAGUCGCCCCCAAAAGUCUGCGGCACGGCGCCGUCGUUUCUGCUCGGGUGGCGGGGGAGUACUCUUGCGGACCUCGUUAAGGCUUUGAAGCUAGGGGGUCGCCCCUCCUCUCGUGCUCCCAGUGGGUUGCCCUCGCAUUGGUUGAGAGAUGCGAUGGCGCAUUUCGUAUCAUGUGCUGUAGCUUCGAAUGCAUCGGCUUUCUCAAAGUUCUCCGCCAAGAGCCUGCCCUUUUACAGAUAGUCUCUGAGCCUCGGCACUUCACUCAAUCAUCAGCGCAGGUAGUUAGCGGUCUUAGAUCAUGCUGCCUAAAUCAUUAGCAAGAAAAGUUGAGUCCUCGUCCCUGUGUUGUAUUUAUAAUUAGAGAUGCUCAUGAUCUCUUGAUCGUUUGUUUCUUUUUUCAAUACUACGAAGCGCAGAAUGCCUGUCUUUCAACAUCUCGUCUUUAGUGCAGCAGCGACUCUGUUUCGCUUUGGUCCCGGGGAUCAUCAUCUUGCCAAUGCCGCAAGGGUCGUCACCUUUGGAGCAUCUUCUACGAGCAAUAUUGAGGCGGACGACUCUGAAAGUGGUACACCUGAUGCUACCACUUCAGCAGAGCAAUUGUCUAGAAGUACCUCAACGCAGUCAAAUGCCCCUGCUAGCACAAAAACAAGAAGCGAACAAGGUACCCGUAGGGGAAUUCCAGUCCUAAAUAAUGAACCUCCUGCACAAGAAUCUGGACGGACCUUCGGCGGGGGUCAAAGUCAAUCCUUGAUCACAGCGUGUUGUGGGGCAGCUAGAGUACCUGGACAGCCCAUCCAACCACGGCCUCCACGCUUAGAGAUGCGUCAUCUCCAUUUCCUGAUCAAGGAAGCUCCAGACAGACAAGCAGAGUUUUUGCACGAUGCUCUGAGAAGAAAGAUCAACACCCUUGUGUCAGGCAGUCUAGAUGGCUACGGGACACUGGUGGAUAUGCCAAGACUAUACAGCGGAUGCUUCGCAGGGGAGAUGUUAAGGGCUUCUGUACUAGGAUUGAUAAUGUAGAUUCGUGUUGAGUUGAUCUUGGGGAGCAUAAUUUCAUCUUCUUUUACUGUGGUUACUACACUACAUGUUAAUAACCAACUGUAGUUUACUGUGGUUACGUCUAGCAUUAGAAGAGAAUGGAUUUCGCAUAGCCAAGCUUCUAGUUCUAAACUACCCCACCGACGACACCUGGAAGGACUGUCUUGGCUGGCAUUUCCCGGAUAUACAACGGGAGAUGGAGACGUAUGCGAAGAAUGUUAGAGAAAAGGCGUCGCUAGAUGGAUAUCCUUCCAGUGCGGAAACCAAAAAUCCAGCUAGUGUUCGAAACGAGUCGGCAGUGGCGAGAAUGCUGUUGCUUACUUUAUGGAUUGAAGCGGAGAAGACGAAAAACUGGAAUGAGUAGGAAUAGUAAAAGCAUCGUCCUGUGUACUGUCAAUAAUUACCGGAUCAUUCGCUAACCCAUCCGAGAAACGAAUGGAUUAGCAUCGAGAGGAUUUGUGGAAAAGUCUGGGACCCACCGCCGAGUCGCGAUGCAGAUCGCCUUGAGACUCGGGGCAUCGUCGUUCCCCCAGUCCUUGUCCUAGAUUUUGAGCUCGUUCGAGUGCCGAUGACAGAUGAGUGCCAGACAGCGGUGGUAGUACGAGAAAACCCAAAUCCUGUUUCGAGUUCGAGUCCUGGAGUAGGAGACCAGGGGAGUGAAGAGCAACAUCUACAGCAAAAUUACGACAGUCCUUCCAAUUGUGGUGCAUCAGCCAACAAAGGUGUUGUAGCAGGAAGCACCAUUCUAUCGCCACAGCGCCUGCUGGGACGCAAACUGGACGCGUCUGUAGUCAGUAUGGAGAUGUUGCGGCAAGAGGUAGUGCCAAACGCCUUCUUCUCUGGCCCGCUACGAGACCUGGCGCGAGCAGAUCGCCGCCUAGUCGGGAUACGGGUGUGGUAUAUUAUGAGAAUAUCAUGUAGUUCGCUAGUUGUAGUGUUUUUCAUCGGAGGUGAGCCAGGUGUCGGGGGGGGCUCAUUGUCCAGUAUCCAUAACCCAUCCUAACCUGUUUUUCGCAAUGGUCCCCCAAAAAAUCCUGAUGCAUUGUUUCAGAGAUCAUGCGCGACUUCGUAGAUGAUGUUGAACUAGUACAUAUAGAUAUACUAAAUAGGAGCUAGUACGCUGCACGACGCGUUGAACAAAGCUGAAUCUGAAUUAAGUCUGUGAAGAUGAAGAACUCUAAGCAAAGCGGCAAUCUCCUCGACGGAGGACAUGACGGAGGCGAGCAAGCACGAUUAUGGAGGGAGAGCACAACGUUGCUGCAGUUGAUAAACCAUUUCGAUUGUGAGAGGGGAUUCGGUUUCUGUCUCAGGUCGGACGACGACUUGGUAGAUGCAUGUGCAUCGUGAUGAUAAUGAUUUGUUCUACGCAGGCGAAGUAGUUAUUCGGUGGGUUAGAGUGUCGUAGUGUCUUCAUAUAUUGGACUUAGCGUUGGCAUAUUUCCAUUAUAGAAUGAAUUGCAUUUGCACACAAGUACUGGAAUGGAUGGUCUUGCUAGACGAGAAUAUGUUAUGCCAUUUUCUUUUAGGAGCAGUUGUUGUAGCUGCACCUCUUCAAUUUAUAGUUACCGUGAUACUUCACUGACUUUCUAGGAAUACAGCUUGCAUUUUUUGGAUUUUCAGGUUAUGCUGGAGGGCCCCGGAAGAACUUGGAGUUAUGUCUUUUGAAGAUGGACGAUCUCGAUUGCGUCGGCUUCGGCUUCUUGUGUGUGAAGUCUCUCAACAUUCUGAUUUGAGUUUUGCAAAAUGCAACAUAUCUCGUCCGAUCCUUUGAAGAUGUAUGUCUGCU